AGUCUUGAAUGAGUUCUGUUGGCUGUAGAUCCCCGAGCAGAGACCGUUUUGGGGCAGCAGCAGAGCGAGACAGAGGGCGACGGAAAACACCCCAACUACCGUAUUUGCUAUCCCGCUCAACAUGAACCUCAUCGGGGGCUACCAGCAUCACCACCACCUGAUGCACGAACCCUUCCCGUUCGUCCAGCGAUGUCAUCAGGAUGCGCCGUACUUCCAGAGCUGGGUGGUGAACCACGGCGAGGUGCCCCCGGACUUCCAGAUCCAAGCGCCCUACCCGGCCGUGGACCUCGCGCCUGGAGCGACGCACGAUGCCCGGCUGGAGAGCCUUCAAGUGGGGAUGGGGAAGAGGAGAGCGUCGGGGCCGAAAAAGGAGCGCCGGAGGACGGAGAGCAUCAACACAGCUUUCGCCGAGUUGCGGGAGUGCAUCCCCAACGUCCCCGCAGACACAAAACUGUCUAAAAUUAAAACGUUACGCCUGGCGACCAGUUACAUCGCCUACCUGAUGGACGUCCUGGCCAAAGACUCCGGGGAGACAGAAGGCUUUAAGGCCGAAAUUAAGAAAUUUGAAAGCCGGGAUCUGAAAAGGAAACGGGAUCUGACUGACGGCCUGCCGGAGUCUUUAGGAGCCGAGAAGAAGGUGAAAGGCCGGACCGGUUGGCCGCAGCAGGUCUGGGCUCUGGAGCUCAACCAGUGACCCUCCUCCCCCCACCCCCUAAACCCUCGCCCCCCUGCCAGCCAAAAAAAAAAAACAACAAAAAAACAACAAAAACCAAAAAACUUUCUCACAGACUCUGGAUUCAAAAAGCCACUGACUGAUUGAACGUGCGCACACCGCUGUGCACGUGCAGUGAUGCGCAAAAAAAGAGAGAAUGAAAGGACAACAUGUAAACACAGUGAACGCGCGGCGGAGGAAAACACCAACAUGAACACUUUGUUGAGCUCCUUUCCUCCUGAUGUGGUUUCUAACUCCACACACACACACACACACACACACACACACACACACACACACACACACACACACACACA